AUGGCCAACGUUCAGCAAAAGAAGAUAAUGCCGGCGGAAAUGGAAUUCAAUUCCAAGGAGGUUGAAGCUCCAAAGAACUUUUACCUACGUUCACUGGAGGAACAAGUAAGAGGUGAGUUGGAGGACAGCAAGGCAACGCUCACCCAAACUGAAUCUGAGGGAAGAGUUCUCCUUCAGAUCAAUAAGGACAGUCUGCAGCAGUUCCUAGAUAUUCUUCAUCAACAUAAGAAUGGAGAUGUACACAACGAGAUAUGUAGCCUGAAAGCACAGCUAAAAGAGACCGCUACCAAGCUGCAAAAGGUCAAGGGUGAUGUUGAGACGUCAUCCUGUGCUGAAAUGCAGCUAUUCAAGAACUUUUGCCAAACUAAACAGGACGAACAGCUGGAUGCUAUCAUAAAGCUCAAGGCUGCUCUGGACAAGUCUAAGCAGGACUUGAAUACGCAAAUAACAUUUGCAAAGAAGGACAAGGAGACGUUCUGGAACCUCGUUAAAGCUCGAUUGGCCGAACAGACGCAGAUCAACGAUAAUACCAAGUCUGCUUAUGAUAAGAUUCAGCGGGACCUGAAGAAAGAACGUCUUCAGUGGCAACAGGAGAGGUCUUCCCUGACCUCCCAGCUAGAAAAACUGAAAGCAGAGACCAACGAGAACUUGAAGGUUAGCAAGGAUCGGUUGGACACCUGCUAUCAGGAAAAGUUCGGCGUCACGGCACAGCUAAAAUGCUCUCUUACCAAGCUGCAGACGCGAGACAACGACAUAAAAAAACUCACCAUUGCUCUGAAGAAAUGUGAAUAUCAGAAAGCUUGCCUCCAGUCUGCCCAGUUGGAAAAGAGCAACUCCUGUGAGGUUGACCACGACAGUGAAAAAAAGAAGAACGACGACCUCUUGGCCGCUGUGAAGAAGGCUGAGCAGCAGCUAGAGAGCCGUACUGUUGAGUGGCAGCAGGAGAGGUCUUCCUUCAAAGCCAAGCUGGAAAAAUCAUGCACAGACCUCAAACAUGCCGAACAGACGCAGAUCAACAAUAAGACCAAGUCUGCUUUUGAUAAGAUUGAGCAGGAGCUGAAGAAAGAACGUCUUCAGUGGCAACAGGAGAGGUCUUCCCUGACCUCCCAGCUAGAAAAACUGAAAGCAGAGACCAACGAGAACUUGAAGGUUAGCAAGGAUCGGUUGGACACCUGCUAUCAGGAAAAGUUCGGCGUCACGGCACAGCUAAAAUGCUCUCUUACCAAGCUGCAGACGCGAGACAACGACAUAAAAAAACUCACCAUUGCUCUGAAGAAAUGUGAAUAUCAGAAAGCUUGCCUCCAGUCUGCCCAGUUGGAAAAGAGCAACUCCUGUGAGGUUGACCACGACAGUGAAAAAAAGAAGAACGACGACCUCUUGGCCGCUGUGAAAAAGGCUGAGCAGCAGCUAGAGAGCCGUACUAUUGAGUGGCAGCAGGAGAGGUCUUCCUUCAAAGCCAAGCUGGAAGAAACAUACACGGACCUCGAACAUGCCAAGCAGAGGAACAUCGCUGCUGUUCGUACAAUGGAGAAGGAGGCUGCGACGAUGUUUGAAAGAAACCAGGCAUCCCGAGACGAGCUGGAGGAACAGACAGCGGAGACUAACAAGAUCGCAAGAACUCUGAAAGAAACAGAAGAUCUGUUAGAAAAGCAGCGUCUCAGAAUUCUGGAACUGACAUCACAGCUUGAAACAUCCAAGAGCCACUGUGUUACCACGCUGGAGACACAGAAGGAGGACCACAAAGAAGUCGUAGCUGCUCUUUGGAAGAAAUGUGAAGAUGAGCGAGAGAAUGAACGUCUCGAAUGGCACCAGAUGAAGUCUUACCUCCUUAAGACCACAGAACAAUCCCUGGAAAGGGAGAAGGAGAUGCAGAAGGACAAGGCCUGCUUAUUGUCUCAGGUGGAAGACCUUCAACGUCAGACCAUCAAGAAGCCAAAGAAAAAGUGUGAUUUGCCGCCAAACGUCGGGGGUCCAAGUUGUGGAGCCGGGACUGGCGGAGUCGGGGGUACGAGUCGUGGGACCGGAUCAGGAGGUUGCUGCAGCCCAGCGCAGAAGGCGGUGCGUUGCGGCCCAGCGUGGCGGGAGUAGGUGACCUGAAGUUGGGCAGCCAGCUCAGCCCGCUCCCAGUGUGAUUCAGCAACUGGAGACCAGGAGAUGGCCUCCACCUGCAGAGGCAAAGUGGUGACCAGAGGGCAGCGAGAACGGCGACCCGAAUGCCUUCCAGUUAUUUUUUUUAUUCCCUCCCACCAAACAAAUAAAAGCACAGAAUACUUGGUAGUGCCAUGCUGCUUUGUGUCUUUCCAGGCAUCUGUUUCCUAUCCGGGGGCCAGAGUGAGGAGGAGGCCUCCACCAACCUGAGCGCCAUCAACCAGGUGCCCCUCCAUUGCCCCAGGAAGCUGACCUUCUCUUACGGCCGUGCACUCCAGGCCUCUGCCUCUGUACACAGCCAGCUAUUCUACUCUCCCCAUACUAGCGGAGGAUUUCCAUUGACAUGACAUACUGUCUAGUCAAUGGAAUGUGUCAAUGUCAGUGAAAGAAGUUACCAAAAUUGUUGAUGGUGUCAUUGCAGUUGUUUGUGCGCUACAAAAUGUUAACUGUCCUGUAACAAAAGACCACAUCUGCAAAAUAUAUCACACAAAAUAUCUGCAGCCAAGUGUAUCUAACGGGUCACAUUGAUUAUAAAAAGCUUCAAUGAACAAAUACUGCAAAAACUAAUAAUCAUGCACACGUUAUUUCAAAUGUAUAGUUUGGAUUCAUGGAUUUAUUAAUGUAAAUAGGACUAAUGAUUUUGACAGGUGAAAUACAAUAUAUUGUACUAGUA